AUGACUCCAUAUAGAACUUCUCGUCUCUUCAACAUCACGAAGUACGUGGUGCAAACUGGAGAUGUCACCAACCAAUCAGUAACCAGAGAAUCAGUUGUGACAUCAUUAACAACAAGAACAACAAAAUUAACAUUAAAAAACGAAAACAUUAACACUAUCAACAACUACAAAAUCAACAACAACUACAACAACAACAUAAACAACAACAUAAACAACAACAACAAUCAAUCAUCGGUCACGUCUAGGUCACGUCUAGGUCACGUGUUUGCGACAGCAUUAGGGUACGUGUUAAACAAACCGGGUCGCUUAGAAUAUCUGGGUCAGCUCUGCAUCAAAAUAGAGAUUAGAGUCGCUCUGACGAAAGUGGCAAGAACCACACUGAGUGCAUUUGAUCUAUUUUCUUAUAUCUUCAACUUGGAAAUAUAUAAUUCUGCCAAAAUAGUCCGGCUGGCAUGUUCGUGUCGCAGUCGUAAGGUUCUGGUGAUUCAGGGAAAAGAAAAAUUACAUUACGGACAGACAUAA